UGGACAUAUUUAUGUGUAAAAAAUCAAAUCAAAAUUUAAAACGGAGAAUUUUAAAAGGCGUUUAUUUAUCGUUUUUAAAAAUUAUUUUUGACUAUUUAUAUUCAAAUGGAAUAAUUUUUAGGCUUUAUUAUAUCGUGAUCUUGUUUCUAAUUCAAAAUUACCUAGUCAUCAGCAUUCCCAUAGACUUAUUAUUUUAUAUCAAUGAGCAUUCCACUCUUUCGGCAUCUCUCGCUCUGGUAUUUAAUUACACCUACUACAAGAGUAUUACUCCGUUUUGGACUCCAUCCUCAACAUGUGCGACCGUGGCCAGUCUACAAGCAGUGUAAAGAAGCAUCGCAGCUGUUACGAUAGUUUUUCUUCGGAAAAGUCCAGUUCACAGGACGUAUGUCGAUCUGACGCCAAUAUUUACUACAAUGACACUUCGAUGACCCCAACCGACAGUUUCACCAGAUCCAAAGACACAAGCGCUGAGGCCAGUCAUGAGUAUUAUAAAAAGUAUGAGCACGACGAAAUUCCAGUUAAAGACGACAUCAGUUUCAAUGACCAUUCAUUCAGCGAGGACAACGAUUUGAGAUCAGUAAAUAAUAAAGAUUCAAUUACUAACUCGGAUCUCGAUAAACUUGAAAUGAAAAUAAUGAGCAAGAUUUCUCGAGAACUGCAAACUGACGAAGACGACGUUAACAGCCUCGAGUCAAACAUAAAAUUGUUUAAAACGACAGUCCAACAGAUCUUCGACAAUUUUUAUGACAACAUGAAAGACUUUGAGCGGUAUAAAAAAAAGUUUCACGAGAUCUUGGAAAAGAAUAAAGGGGAUUCGUUCUCCGAAAUGGAAGACUUCAUUAGAGAUAUGAUUCAGAAUAUACAAUCAUCAAAGUCUUUAAUUUCUAAUAAAAAAAUUAUCAAAUCACCACCAGUUGAAAACAAAUCAAGCGAAGAAUGUCAAAUAAAUGUAAACGAUACGGACGUAAAAGUAUCUAAAAGCGCAAAUUCCACCGUGGAAACAUUUUUGAACGACAAUUAUUGCGCUGAUUCAACUUUAGAUGAGGGUAGUUCAAAAUUUAACACAGAAUUCAAAAGCGAAGAGACCUAUAAUAUUUUUGUAAUGAGUGGCAAUCCUUAUGUUCAGAUUAAAAUGAUUAACCGUGAUAUGUUAUCUGAAAUCAAUAUCAGAGAUAAGAAUAUUGGUAGCAUAGAGAACCAACUAGCAUCAGCAGAAAAUAUAAAGAAACUAGCAGCAAAGAAGCUGCAAAUAGAGAACUAUGCAAAGCUGCAACAAAAGUCUCCGUGUAAAGAUAGAGAUAUACCCGUCAAAAUUGCCAGCGCAAAGAAAAAUAUACACUUGGACGAAGAUUUCGUAUGCGUGGAAAAAGAAGAGAGCAAAUUCUUUAUCUUUAAAAUAUGCAGCUACAUUUGUAAGAAACUUCGCAAGACAACGAUCAGUUGAAGUUAUUUAAUUGAAUAUAAAAUAUAAAACUACGAAAUAAUUUAACUACGAAAUAAAACUACGAAAUAAUUUCAA